AUGCUUAAAAUUCUGCACUUAAGCAAACUCUCAUCCAGGUUUUUAAAUAAAAGUAUAGCCUGCUUUUCAUAACCCUUCAUUUAAAAAGAAUAUCAAUUCAUUAGCGACGACGAGGCUGAUUACGAAUUCACAGUCGCCUUUGUUAAUGAAGCAGACUUCUAACAUUUUGCCAAUGCUUAGACAAUAGACGAAGUCAUCAAAGUUUACCAAGAAAACAAUCUAACACCUCAACAGAUUCAUUUCCCAGUGUUUCAAAUCUGCUCCCUUCUUAAGAGGAACCCAGAAACCAAAAAUGAACUGCUUCAUCAAUUCAUCACAGAAAAUGUCCUGCCCAAUUUUGAGACAUUGAAACCAUCACAAUGCAUUACUGUAAUUGUGUUGUUGCAAAAACUGUAAAAUAAAUCAUAUAAUGCCUAAAUCAAGAAACACAUAGAGUAGAAUUUACAAAGUUAUAAUUCCAAAUAAUUGCCACAUAUAUUUUAUUUUUAUUCAAAACAAGGAUGGAAGAUGUUCCACAUUGGCAAAAUCCUAAAGUAAUAAUUGAGAGCAUCUGAUUUUAACAUCGUAGGACUUUGUUCAAUCAUCAGAGCAUGUUACAUUGAAUCAACUCAAUUCAAGUCAAUUAUUCACUCAGAUUUGGCAUUUAAAGCUAGUAAGAGUUUAAUGAAUAAGGUUGAUGACAUGACUACACCUUAAUAAAUAGCUGUAUUUAAUCAAUUAGCCAAAAUGAAAUUGCAUUAGAGCACUUCCAGUAAAUAAUUCCCUUUAUUGCUAUACAAAUUGGCUGAAAUCUUUGUUUAAAAUUUAGGAAAGAUUAAUUUGCAUUCCAAAUUGAAAUUAAUGGAAUCCUAUUAGUUUUUAAUCAAUAACUUUCCAAACACUCUUUUUGAAGUCCUAUUUAAAUCAAUCGAAAUAGAUACCUUGAAUAGUCAAAAUAGGUUGAGACUUUACAUCAAUCUAAAAGAACAGAAAUCCUUCAAUAGACUUAAAGAUGACAAGAUGCAACAAAUGUUCAAUAACAUCAAAUUUGAUGAAGUUACUGAAAACAAUCUCCUAUUGAAAUUUCUGGAUGUCGAAUUUGGGCGAUAAAAUUCAUCGACCAUUGACUCUAUUAUAGUUAGAUUGAAUAAUGCCUAGAAUUUAAAUUCAAAACAAAAAAUAGAGUUUCUCAAAGUCAUCAUCAAGUAAAAUAAAGUUUCAAAAUACUUGGAUCAAAUAAAAAUUACUAAUGAUCAUCUCCCUAGAUUGAUCGAUUAAGCCUAUUAUUGUCAUAGAUAUGUUAAGAGUUUACCAUCUCAGGAAUAGUAGGACAACAUUCAAGAAUCUACAUAAUAAUUGAUGGAAAGAUUGCAGCAACUUGAAAGCAAGAGCAAAUUGUCCAUAAGCCAUUAUAUAUUAAGUUUGGAACCAUAUCCUGGAGAUCCUUUUUAUGAGUUUAUUAAUUAGGAAAUAAAAUUAGACGAAUUACCUGAAAAAGAUUAUAUUCACUUUCUUUUAAGGUUAAAUAGUUAGAAUCUUUUUAAUCAUGAAUUAAAAACAAAAAGUGAAAUGAUGGCACCUUCACUUGAUUAAUUAUAAAGUAUAAUAAAUAAUAUUUCAAAUAUUGAUUAUUUAAAUGAUAAGUUGGUUAAAUAAAUAUCUAAAUGGCAUGUCGAUAUUGCAAAUAAAAGUAUUAUUGAUGGAACAUUUAAUAUACAUUUAAUGCUAAACUUAAUCUUUAAAAUUGUACUAUACACUCCACUAUUUGCUUUACACACAUCAAGAGGUACAGUUAUGUAACCCAUUAGAGAAUUAUUAAACUUUAUGUCUAACUAAGUUUCAUAACAUUAGGGUAACUUGGAAGUGGAUUUGUAUUUAUUUCUUCGAUUUUAUAAAUCUUUCGCCAAUUUAGAUGUCAAAACUAAUUUAAUAUUUAACAUAUGUCAAGAUUUAUGUGAUUAAAAGGAUAAUUUUGAGGAUUUAGAAAAACUUUAAAUUGCGUCUAUUGUAACUGAUUUGAAUCCAGAUUCAUUUACGAAUUUGCAAGUUGUUAAUUCCUUUUUAAGUUAGAUUUUAAAAUUAAAAAUGGACAACUUUAUUUUUAUUUAAAUCACAACUAAAAUAUUACUUUAUUAAUUAAAAUUUAAGGAAAAGUUGAAUUGUGCAGUUUAGAUUACUUCCUUAGAGGAGAUGAUAAAUUAAUUAAAGAUGGAGUUGGUACAAUUCAAUUUUAUGCAAAAUACCAAAGAAAACUAUUAUGAUGGAUUGAUGACAUUACUGGAUUAUGAUGCCUGGAGAAUUGGUCAUUAGAAAUUCGAAAAUGAUGAGUUGUCUGAUUUUAUCCAUUUGCAUUUUUAAAACCUCAAUGAGUCCUUGAAUAUGAAGAGCAUGAGACCAGGCUUGAAAACUGUAAUAAGGAUAAUCAAUUAAUGCGAGAAUAAGUAUCAAUUUAUCUAAAGAUACGAAAAAUUGUUUUAGCAAAUGUUUUCAAAAUGCAAGCAACUUAAAAAUUAAGAAAUCCCACAUAUUUAAGCCUGUUUAGAUUACAUAGAGUUUGCAAAGAAAUUAAAAUUAUCUAAUAAGGAUAUAUUCAAAUUUCUAAUAAACUAAAUCUAGGAGUAGGAAAACAAUUUAAAACCUACUUAAAUAGUUUAAAUUAUUUAGAAGUUCUCUGAAAUGAAAAUCUAUACAAAGCCAUUCUAUGACAAUCUCAGCAACUUAAUCAUAAACCACUCUAAAUAAUAUUCGAGAAUCGAGUUAUUAGAUGUGAUGAAUGCCUUUGCCAAGCUGGGGUACUUCAAUUAGGAAUUAGUUAUCAACAUAUUGGAGCAUACUCAAUAGGAAUUGUAGCAACUUAACAACGGGGUUAUUAGUGUUCAAACCCUUUGGAGUAUAUUAACGAGUUUCUAUUAUUUCAUGAAGGAGUUGAAUCAGAACUUGUUCUCGAGAUAUGAGGGAAUCAUAGUGCAUCUAAUGUAGAAUGUGUCUCAGUUUGUAUACUUGGAGAAGAUCUAAAAGCUACCCAUCAUUUUUCGACAAGUUCAGUGGACAUUUAAAUAUUUGUAAGUGUAUGUGUGUUUAUUUGAAGAAUUGAAUCAGUUAUAACAAGAAUAGGCCAGAUUGAUAAUUGAGAAUGGGAAGAGCCAAGUAAAGCAGAAUAUCAUUCCAAAUCAGAAAUCCACUUAGCAAUUCCGUUCGUUGAUGAAAUUCCUCGAUAAGAACAAAAUAGAAUACAAAAUGAAUUAUUAUUUUGACUCCCAAUAUGUAGAUUUUUACAUUGAAACAAAAAGGAUGAUUAUUUCAGUGGACAACUCUCUGUAUGUGACGAAUGAUAUGUAAUAAUAUACUGGGUUCCAUUAUAUCAACAAAUGGAUCUUGGAGGGAGCCACGAAAAAGUACGAAUUGAAAAGCAUUAGAAUCAAGGCUUGGCAAUGGUUAUAGAUGAGUGAGGAAUAGAAGACCAAGAUUUUGUAAUUGUGA